GAAAAAAGGGUAAACGGACAGCAAACGCCGAGUGAGCUUAAAGUUUAAACCCAAUUCUGUUGGGCUAUCAAACCGCCUGGGGAAAAGAGAAAAAAAAAGAAAAAAAGAGGCCGGCUGCAGUGAAUUUAAACUUUUCGAAGAAGAAAUUCAGGCGGCGAAAAAUUGAAUUCACAGCUCAACUUUCUUCAAACUUCAUUCUAAAAUGGUGAAAAUAAGCAAAGCGCUUCUGAAAGAAGCGAGCUCUGGUUUCACCAAGACUCUGUCCGAGAUCCUGGUCUGCCCCCUCUCCAAACAACCUUUAAGGUAUUGCGAGGCGUCGAAUUCUCUAAUCAGCGAUACGAUUUGUGUUUCUUUCCCUAUAAGGGACGGAAUUCCUUGUUUGGUGCCAAAGGAUGGAAGGAUAAUCGAAACUGAGGAUGCAUUGAAAGGUGAGGAUACUGUUGAGCUUACUCGAGAAAAAUGAGGUGCUUGUUUGGGAGUGGAAGACAGUCUCUAUUUAUUGAGCUGAAUACUGAGAAGAGAUGUCAACAUAAUGGCACUACCCUUCACACUUGUAUGUUUAUGCUUUGUAAGUUUCCACUUCAGAAUGAUUUGAAUGGUCUCACUUCCUCAAAAUUGCUGGUAUUGCCAAUAAAAUAGUCAGGUUCGACCACUUGUCCAAAAAUCUUUCUUGCUUUUUUUUCUAGCGAGGAAAUUGUUACGAGGAAACUAAACAGGAGAGGAGGAUAUCCUCUAAAUUUUUCUGUUCAAUACUUUUGUGCUUGCCCUGAACAGUCUGAGGGUAAUUUGAAAAAUUGCUGGUUCACCUACAUUUGCUGUUUUCCAUAGUAUCAACUCCUUAACCUUGGGGUUUAAUAUGUAUUGGAGGCCUUUUUGCCUUAAAUUACACUGUCCAAUCACUAUCAAAAUCACAAUUAUGAUGAAGAAAGCACGUUCAGCAUUCAGUAGUCAUCAACUAGCAAUCCGGAUACCAAUUCUCCAGUUAAGGUUUCUUCUUACUACUAUUGUCUUAUGGUUCUUCACUUGUUAUGCCACAAUCUUGUAAGCCUUCUUCUCUUAUGUUUUUAAGUUGACACCAUUUCUCUAGCUAUUUUUUCAUUUAAUAAAUUUCUCUAGUUCCUAUCUUAGGGGCAAGGUCACUUAGAUUUUCCUUUCAUGAGACGCUGGCAUUUCUCAAUCAGGUUUCCUUCGUGAAAUGGUUAUCAUUUUAUCAAGUUAGCACAGAUGGGAUAGCAACUUUAUUUACACAUGGCAUGGAACACUAUUACUUGAAAGGUCAAGUGUAGCAAUCUUGUUUAGGUGCAACCACUUCAUCUUUGAAAUUUUGGGAUCUUCUUUUCAAUCCAACUACCAUUCCUCAAAUAUAAUUAUCCCCCAUCAAUGAACUAUAACCAAAUAUCCUUUUUACCUUUAAUGAAUGGUGUGCAGGAAGAUAAUCUCCUCUUGUUUUAACUUCAUAGCACUCAGAUCGUGUCCAGGUAUCAAGAAUGCAUUAUUAUGCGUGGAUAGUAUUGCUUCAUGUUUUAUGCAGAGGGCCAAGGAGAAAGGUUGUGAGACUUCGACACAUCCAACCUUGGAUGGUGCUGCUAUGGAGACAGAGUGGUGUUCGGUGUGUUUGUCAAAAGUAAUGGAGAGAGAGGAAGCGCGAGUUCUUCCUUGCCAACACGAGGUUCACAAGAUAUGCGUCGAGAGGUGGUUCCAUGAUUGCCAGAAACAGAAAACUUGUCCAAUUUGUCGGUUUUGGAUGAGAGAUGAGGAUGUUCAGACUACAGAAGUGCUUACAGAGGAGAUGGUAAUCUGGUUCACUUGUUUUCAGGUUAUUGGUUACUAAACUGAACUGAAAGUUCUCAUCUAUUUCUUUGCCUAACAACUUAGGGGGCGUUUCGGCAUUAAGUGGGUUAUAAUGGUCAGUGUUUAUUAUAA